CCUUUGUCGGUGUCGGAAGCAUGUCGAUCGCGCGAGUGCGACCAUGGCCAUCCGGGUCAUGAGCGGGGCCUUCCGCUGGACCUAAUUCGGAGACUAGUGAACGAUACGGAUACAUUCGAAGCGAUCAAACGACGUUUACCGCUGCAUUACCCGUACAAUCCGAGCAAUAGUACUCUCAUAGGCGAAGGUGCUGGGCUUGUGGGCAGUGCUGGGCUUGUGGGCAGUGCGGGGCUUGUGGGGAGUGUGGAUGGAGGUAUGGUAAGUGCGAGAGGCGACACGGCGGGUACAGAGGGGGAUAUGGUCAUCGAGGUCGGACCCGAUGUUAUUCCUUUAUUCGAGCACGAUUUCCCUGGAGUCAGGGGAUGUCCUCCCCGAGAACAGGCUGCUAAGUACAGUUGGGAGACUGACGAGAAGAUGAGGCCGUUACUGCCGGCCUAUCACGGUCGGUACGGCUGCGACUCACCGCCUUCCCUGAUGUGGAGUGUGUUUGAAUCUGCUACCAAAACUCUCGAGACCAUCGACUUUGUUCUGUUUACAGGAGAUGCCGCCGCUCACUACUGGCUUCCGGAACAGGCGCACCUCCGAUUCCUUACUACCGCCAUAACGUCUUCUAUAAUCAAGCGGUAUUUCCAUCUCCAAGAAGCUGGUACCCUCGACUUAGAUCUCUGGGAUGGAAGUGUUGUCAAUUUUUUAGAGCUCAUCGUCAAGUCCUUUGAGCAGAACGGAGACCCAAACUUGUACGAGCCCAGCUUGCACGACUUCUACGAUCAAGACCAUUUCAGUCUCGAUCAAGGCCAUUUCAAUCAGGAACUGGUCGACCAAGAUCUUUUCCAUCAAGGCGUUUACAAUAUCAAUUUAAAGAAACGGAAACGCGACACGGAGGCCAUAUCGGAAGCGGUAGACGGCUCUCAGACUUCUGGGGAAGCAGUUGAGGAAACAGACGGCCAGAACUCGGGUCAUGGAUCUAAGCGGAAGAAUAGAACGCCUGUCAUCAUGGCAGUGGGAAACAACGACUUGCUGAGUGACUACGUCCUGGAAGAAAACAGUUCUUGGAAUUCCGAUCUAUACGACGUGUGGAAGGGCUGGCUCGUACCAGAGAACGAGAAAAGGAAUUUUCUUCGGGGUAUGUAUUACAUGACUAACGUUGACGCGCUUCCUAACACUGACGUGCUGGUGCUGAACACCGUUUGGUAUCAUCACCUUGCUGUGGGGCCUGACGGGAUUCCAAUUAUCGAGAAGUACGCUGAAGAACUUUUGGUGAAUCUGACGAAAGACCGGAAGAAGCACGGAAAGAACAGAAAGAGUAAGAAGAACAAAAACGGAAGGGGUCGGAACGAUGACACGGAUGAUUAUACCGAAGCAGACAGAGAUGGUGAUUACACCGCUACGGAGGAACAAGCGACCGACGUGGCUGGAACUGCUGAAGAAUUUGUCACUGCUGAAGGCUUACCCGUGAACAAGACAACCGGCUCUGAAAUUCAAAAGGGUCAGAAUGAAAGCGGCAGUGCUGUGAGGUCAGAUGAGGUAGUUACGGAUGAGGACGAAGCUGCUGCCGCGACAACGGCAGAGGAAGAUGCUACGACAGAAAUGGAUCUGGUGGAACCAGAUCUGGUGGAACCAGAUCUGGUGACUGUAAGCGGGGAUCCCGCCGGUCAAUUUGCGUGGCUUUCCCAGAAGUUAGCAGAUGCACGUGCGGGCAAGAGAGAGGUGCUGAUUGUAGGUCAUGUACCACCGGCUCAAAGCCUCUUUAGGAAUGCGUUUAUGGGCAUCACAGUUGACGCUGAGUGGAAUCACGUGUGGGCCAAAAAGUACGAGGCAAUUCUGGAUGGUUAUCGUGACGUAGUUAAGGGUCAGUAUUUCGGCCACACUCACACAGAUGAAUUUAGACUUGAGGUCGACCGGAAGAAGAGAUCUGUGGAACAAGACCCGCAUGUGGACGCCGAGGUCGUAAACCUGGGGCUUCGUCCGGACCGAAAAGUUGCAGGACCGAGACACCCGCCCGCGUCGAUGGAUCUUGAGUUAGAUCAUGAGGUGGCUGAUAACCUGAGCGAUAGCGUGACUGCUAAGGGACUGAUACUGAUCGCUCCUAGCGUGUCCCCUAAUCAUGCAAACAAUCCUUCUUGGCGUAAAAUGUUAUAUAGGAUGAGUCAUAAGAAAGGGUUCAGUCCUACUGCAUACGAACAGCAUUAUGGCGAGCUGUACGGGUAUGAGAACCGACCAGAGAAUAUUGUUCAUUAUGGUACCUUUGAUAAGGCAGCGUUGGUUCAAAUAGAUCACGUGUACUAUAGCGACCAUAGUAUUGGCCCUGUAAAGCAUAUAAGUCCUAAACAAGUACUACAAGAACUAGACGAAUUUAUGCUCAGUUCAGAAAAGAGGACACGAAAAUGGUGGGAGAACCAACUAGUCCAUGGUGGAGGACCUCCUGCGUUUGUUAUUCGUUGCGUUCUAACCCAGAGGUAUGUUCAUCGUGAUGUUCGAAAGUGUGUGCAGAACGCAAUCGCUAAAAAAAGUCACAUCCCCUUACGAGAUGACCCGAUAAGAGAAAAGUCCAUGCGAGAAGAGUUUGUUAUAACAAUAUAA